GGCUGCAGAUUCAUGAGUGCGCUUUUCCUCCCGGAGACCGUCCCGUCCCGUCAAGAAGAAGGCCAGACAGCCGCUGUGACACUCAAUGGAGGACUGUUAUAUGGAGUAGAGUAAACCAGAUGUCUGUUUUCAUCAGUUCGGAUUGUGUAUAUUCGUGCUGUAGCGGAGCAGGGCGCGCCGACCUGACGGACAUCGCUGCGCUGGUGUUGUUGUUGUUUCCCAGCGGCAGCCAACAUGGCUGAGGAUGACAGUGAAUGGGUGGUGGAGAGCAUCGUUGGCUACCUGGGGAGUCCCGAGUGGGUCAUUCCUGUCACGGACUUUAUGGAAAACAAAUGCACAGUUUUUGAUGAUGAAGAUGAGAAUAAGUUAUCAUACACAGAGAUCCACCAGCAGUAUAAGAAAUUGGUGGAGAAGCUGUUGGAGAAUUACAUGCAGGAGGUUGGCAUCAACGAGCAGCAGUUUUUGGAUGCAUGCACCUCUCCUUUUGCCAAGUCCAAAACACUGCAGUCGGUGUUUCAGCCAGUUCUAGCUACAGACGACUUCCAGAUGUUUCGCUCACUGAUGGUUCAGAAGAACAUGGAGCUGCAGCUUCAAGCUCUCAGGGUCAUUAAAGAAAGGAACGGGGCCCUCCCAGAAUGCCUCACUGAUGGUGUGGAUGUGAUGACAGAGCUAGAGGAUCAAGAGAUGAAAAUCUUGCAAGAAGUUCUCAAAAAGUCAAAAGAGGAGUAUGACGAGGAAAUGGCCAGGAGGCUGCUAUUAGAGGAAGACGUUGGCUCCACCUCCAGCAGCUGCUCUGAUAAGCCAAUGACAGAAAGCAGCGAAGCCCAGAAUACCAUCUCUGUUCCCAGCCAACAAAGCAACUCUGCCAAGGUCAAUGGCAAACCUGUCACAAAAGAGAGCAAGACGGCUGCCCCAGGAGGCGGAGAUGCAAAACGUGCAGCUAAGAGCAGCUCCACUUCUAAACCCACACCAGAUUGUGGCAGUAAUGGUGUGGAGUCCAGAGUCCUUCCAGCAGUGAGAGCUCCAGGAAAGUCUGGGGAACCAUCAGUCAGCCUCCCUCCUUGUACCAAGGAGCAGAGCAGCAGCAGCCAGACUGCAGCAGAGACGUGUCUGCAGGAGGCACACAGGGAGGCUGGCUUCUCUAAGCCAUAUACUGAGCUGUCAGCAUCUCAGCAGGAGCAGCUCCAGCAGAGGGCGGCAUAUCUGCGUCAGCAGCGGGACAAGCUGCAUGCACUGAAGAAAGAACAGCAGAAAACCAAGCAGGUGACAACCCCGGAGGAGGCACCCACCACCACCAUCACCCCCACCAUACCAGAGGCAGUGGGUCAGUCCCAGAGGAAUGGGACCUGUACCCCUCCUUCUCAUCUUCCUCCUACUCCUCCUCCAGCACAACACGCUGCUAACUCCUCCAAACAGAAGGAGAUAUCUGCUGAGGAGAAGAAAAAGCUACAGAAGAGAAAACAUCUGGCUGACAAGCUGAAAGAGGAAGUGAUCAAGAAAUAACUUCACCUCCCACUGCAAUAUGCUGAUUUAUAUCUGUUUACUCUGUUAAUCAAACACAUGGCUCCCUUCACACUGCCACAUUUAGCCAGAUAAUUCACCUUGUGUAGCACAGAUCAGGGUUUUUUCCAAAGAAACACAAAAUGUAUCAGAUCUUCCUUCAUUCAAAGUUCUUUUCAUUGCUGUCUACAAAGAAGGUACAUCUCCUUUUAUAUUUUGGAUAUACCAGUCUCCACUUAUAAGAAGACAUUCUAGCAUGUGUUUGAGCAAGUUCAGAAGAUUUCAGGCAAACUGAAAAAUGCAGAGAUCAGUAAGGCAAUAUGUUACUAGACAUUAUCAGUCACACCUGGGCUGUGUCCAAAGCACUCCUUAUUCACCACUGAAUGCACAACAUUUACUUUAAAGGGGAGAAGUGGAAUUCCUGGCUACAUGCUCGAAAAAGCAUAAUAAAACCAUAAACUCAGUGUCCCCAAAAAUGUAGCAAACUUUUUAAAACUUCCAGUCUUGCAAUAAUAGAGUGGUUACAAUAUGGUGACCUGAUCAAUGAUUUUUCAUUCAGUCUACUACUGAGUCCUAAUAAUCAAAAUUAACAGUUAUGUAAAAAAAAAAAAAAAGCUGACAACAGGGCAAGAAAAAACUAAAUCCAAACAAACUGCUGAAACUCUCAGAGCCAAUUUCAUGUGACGCAUCAGUCGAUAGUUUGUUAUUGUUUGCUUAUGUGUUGCUAUUAAUAGUUACACUAAAGAUACAUUUCCAGCAUUUUCCCAAGGUUGGUGGAAGACUUAGCUGCAUGUAUGUGGUGGGGGCUUGGUGGCUCUCCCCCAAGAAUGUUAAAUUUUUCAGCAUAAGAUUUCACAUAAUUUUGGAACAUUAUUAGCACCAUAUCUGUGGACAGAAAGUUUUUACAGGCUAUUGUGGUGCAGAUAAUAAAUUAACACCCAAAAAGAUUCACAUUCAUUCACCAUAGGUGGUGCUUAAAAUAUCUUGCGCCAAAGCCUUAUAAUGGUAGAGAAAACCCUGGUGUCGCUAAAGAGCCAUCGUUAGAUGCUAGUUACAAGUCUAAAAGGGUUGCAAGUUCAGCAUCAAAUCUCGUCUCUACUCAAGCUGUCUUUAGGAGUGGAAAGUUACACCACUGUUAACUCAUGUUUUGCUUCUUUUAAUACAACUUUUUUUCCUUUGCUGCUGAGCAAGUUUUUUGUUUUGUUUUUUGCUUUUUUAUGUCAGGAGUGGGUGGUUGGGAUUGAUUAUGACCAUAGGAGACAUGACCUACAUCUUUGUCCUCUCAUGUUGGACUGAGGGCACACUACAGUGACUCACUGUCACUUCUCAAGGUACAAGUGGUAUGAUAUGCUAACUUCUGUAGAUA